ACUGCUGUCAUCACUCGUAUAUCCGAUCGCAUCAUCGGUCUUUGGCAUAUCAGCGGUCGAAAGUUGCUCGUGUUUUUCAUCUGCAAAAAAAGUUUUAGCGAAAUAAUUCCUACAAUCAGCUCACUUGUGUUGCGGUGCGUUUUCAUUUCUGCAAAUAUCCCUCCGGUUGAUAGCGGUGUUGUUUCCUUCGGCAAGCGCAGUGCAAUUCCUGCCUCCGAUGGCCGAUCAGCGUGCAAGUUCAGCCGUAGUGGCUACAGAGUCUGUUGGCUUGUCCAGCGAGGAGAAAUCUGUGACGCUGAAGAAUGGUGAAGUAUCAGCUAGCACAGACGGAAGCGGCCUUGGAAAGGCUGCUAAAUCGAAGAAGAAAAAGAAGAACAAGGUGCACAAUGAUAACAGCGCCAAGGUGGACCGAGGAUCAGCUGACAGUACCACAAAUAGUGCUGUGUUUUCAACGUCCGCUGGAGCCAAUGAAUCGGCGAUAAUGUCCACUGGACCAGCUAGUAGUACCGGUGGUCAAAUUCCCAGCCAGGAUAUGCUGAUGAACGUGAUAGAGCAGCUGAAGUUGAGUUCGUUAAAGCCAGCGAAAACGCCAGAAGAGGCACUCAAUAAGUCCUUUAAGUUCUGGUCAACACAGCCGGUGCCUAAGAUGGACGAAAGAAUAGCGGUGAAUGAACCGAUAGAGGCAGACAAAUCAAUCAGUGAAAUCCGAGCCGAACCGUACACGCUACCGGAUGGCUUCACCUGGGAGACGCUGAAUGUGGACGAUCCGUUGCAGCUGAAGGAAUUGUACACUUUGUUGAACGAAAACUAUGUUGAAGAUGAUGAUGCUAUGUUCCGGUUCGAUUACCAGCCGACCUUCUUGAAGUGGGCACUCCAACCACCCGGUUGGCGUUCGGAAUGGCACUGCGGAGUGAGGGUAGUCAAGUCCGGCCGUCUGGUGGGAUUCAUUUCGGCUAUCCCUGGCACUCUUAAUGUGCACAAGAAAAAACAGAAAAUGGUUGAGAUUAAUUUUCUGUGUGUGCACAAGAAGUUGCGCUCGAAACGUUUGGCUCCGGUUUUGAUUCGAGAGAUUACCAGAAGGGUGAAUCUUACCGGGAUCUUUCAAGCGGUUUACACGGCUGGUGUUGUGCUUCCGAAACCGGUCGCUUCUUGUCGCUACUGGCAUCGGUCUCUGAACCCGAAGAAGCUCGUUGAGGUUAAAUUUUCCCACCUCUCACGCAACAUGACGAUGCAGAGAACGAUCAAGUUGUAUAAACUGCCGGACGCUACGAAAACACCCGGUUUCCGCAAAAUGCGGGAAGCGGAUUUGAAAGGGACUCACCGGUUGCUGGAGCGCUACCUCGCUGGAUUCAACCUAACGCCAGCGUUCGACGAGGACGAGUUCCGGCACUGGUUCUUGCCCCAAGAUGGUAUCAUCGAUUGCUUCGUGGUGGAGGAUCCUUCGACCGGGGAAAUUACCGAUAUGGUUAGCUACUACACGCUGCCAUCGACCGUGAUGCAUCAUGCUGUGCACAAGUGCAUCAAAGCGGCCUACAGCUUCUACAACGUGUCAACCAAAACACCCUGGCUGGAUCUAAUCAACGAUGCGCUCAUCUCGGCGCGAAAUCUUAACUUCGAUGUGUUCAACGCGCUCGAUCUGAUGGAGAACCGCGAGUUCCUGGUACCGCUGAAGUUUGGCAUCGGUGACGGUAAUCUACAGUACUAUCUGUACAACUGGCGAUGCCCGAGUAUGCAACCCGAGGAUGUGGGAUUGAUUUUAUUAUAAACUCUUGUUUGACGGUAUGGGUCGAAAAAGUUUUUGUUAUUUUUUUUCAUUUGGCGGAGAGAUUUAUUUCUAUAAAGACCAAAGCCGCGUCAAAAGUGGAAGGAAUGAAAUUUUUGGUAUUUGAUGUCGACUGCUUGCAGAUGAAUUUACUCUACCAACGGAAUAUAUAAAUAUUUUUAUUUAUAUUCUGUUAGCGAAAAGUUGGUAAUGCAUCUAUACCAGAUUUAGGUGACAAAAAAAAUAAUAUGUAGCAUUAGUGGAGGAGUAUAUUUAUGUUGCGUUCAGAUGUAAAAGAAGACAUCAGGGGUUUUCUGAUAAACAAUAGCGUAUUCCAAAAUGAAGCCUAGUUCGUGUGUAACCAUCA